AUGAUCUCCCCGCGCCCCGCGCUCUCCCCGCGCUUCCUCGCCUUCCGGCCCGGCUCCCCGGCCGCGUCGCCGCCGCCGUCCCCGCGCCUCCACGCGCCGCCGCCCCUCUCCGCCUCCUUCUCCUCCACCGUCGCCACCGCGGCGCCGGGCCACGCGGCGGCCAGCUCCUUCUACGACGUCCUCGACCUCCGCCCGGGGGCCAGCGCGCGGGAGAUCAAGGCCGCGUACCGCCGCCUGGCGCUCGCCGUCCACCCGGACGCCGCCGCCCCGCAGCACCCCGCCGCCUCCUCCGCCGAGGACUUCAUCCGCGUCCACGCGGCCUACUCCACUCUCUCCGACCCCGACAAGCGCGCCGACUACGACCGCCGCCGCCUCCUCUCCGCCGCCGCCGCCGUGGGACCGCGCACCGUCGCUCUCGGGCGCUCGCCCUCGUUCCCCGCGCACCGUUCCCGCCGGACCUGGGAGACCGACCAGUGCUGGUGA